AUGGAUUCUAUGACAUUAUCUCAACUUAACUCUCGUUUCUACAGAGCUGAGUAUGAAUGUUUCCAAAUUGAACUGGCGAAGAACUAUGGGGUUCCAGAGUGGCGCGAAGACGUCAAGAAAGUCAUGAUGAAAGCUGGGCUAGAAAAUAAAUCUGUCGUAUUUUUGUUUGUCGACACGCAGGUAUGUAAAUACUUUAGCCUUGUGCUUGCCAGUGUACCUAAGUUUCACUGCCAGAAAGCCUUCGACUCGAUCUGGUUGAGCUGUGUCCUUCGCAAUAGACCUUUCCCCUUUUGAGUGAAAUUUUGAUCUAGACAAGCCUGGACAAAAAUUUCAUCACAGCUUGAAAGAGCAUCACAAAAUUAGUAAUAUUCCGAAGUUUCGUUGCGAAAUGUUAUAAAAUGCGGAUAAUAUAGCCUUGCGAAGUUUGCCGUUUUUCAGUCCUUUUGCAUUACAAACGCGGGAAAUUGGUAAUCGUUUGUAAUACAAAAUGACUGAAAAACGGCAAACUUCGCAAGGCUAUAUUAUCCGCAUUUUACAACAUUUCGCAACGAAACUUCGGAAUAUUACUAAUUUUGUAAUGUUCUUUCAAGCUGUGAUGGAAAUUUUUGUUCAGGCUUGUCUAGAUCAAAAUUUCACUCAUAAGGGGAAAGGUCUAUUCAGCUUAGCUCUGAGCCUCGAUUAAGGAUGAUCAUCGCACCCCUAAGUCAUGUCCAAACAGAGUCGUUCACUCUAUUUUGAUAUUUUCGUAGAUUAAAGAUGAAUCAUUCCUGGAAGAUCUCAAUAAUAUACUGAAUGCUGGCGACGUUCCAAACAUCUACCAGCCGGAUGAGCUCGACAAUAUCUAUACGACAAUGAAACCCAUUGUCCAAGAUUCUGGCCAACCUCCAACCAAAGCCAAUCUCUACUCGGCAUACACAAAAUUGGUCCGCUCUAAUAUUCAUCUGGUCGUAUGCAUGAGGUAAAAACAUAUCUGUAUUCGUCUGUAUCUAAAAUACAAAAGUUAAGGUUUUGAAAGAACCAGCUUAUUUUUAAACCUGAAGUGAUUUCUGUUUUUUACGUGCGUAAUUGCCUACGAUAAAAAAAACUGAACGGAUUUGAAAUUAAUUUCGCAAACUUCGCAAAACAGCUAUUAGUAUCCAGUUUUUGAUAUAUAUGGCCUCUUUGGGUACUUAUAAUGUAGAAUAAUGAAAAAAAAUUCUCGAACACAAAUUUUGUAAACCAGGGGGGGGGGGUGUCUUUUCCGACAAACUAAAAAUGGCUUGCGCACGAGAUUUAAGAGCUUUAAUCGUAUUUUGAGUUAAUGGAUGAAAUUUCAGACAAUUUGCUUCAGUUUAAGCCUUUAACUAUUCAUGCGAACUUACAUUUUUCCUAAAUUGCCCAUGCUUAAUUAAUGCAUUUGCCCAAUUUGCAUAUGUCAGUGAUAUGCAAAUUAGGUAAAGGCAUUAAUUAAGCAUGCGAAAGGCUGAUUUUGUAGAGAAAAAUGGAUAGCAGGAUGGAUAGUUAAAGGGCUUUUAAAAACUAAAGCAAAUUGUCUGAAAUUUUGUACAGUAAUUAAAAACCCAACAAAUGGACCUUUCCCCUUAUAACUAAAAUUUCGAUCUAGACAAAAAUUUCAUCACAGCUUGAAAGAGCAUCACAAAAUUAGUAAUAUUCCAAAGUUUUGUUGCAAAAUCUUGUAAAAUGCGGAUAAUAUAGCUUGCGAAGUCCGCCGUUUUUCAGUCAUUUUAUAUUACAAACGGGAAAUUGACAUACGAUUCGGGUGUUGGGGCUGCAAUUUCCCGUUUGUAAUACAAAAUGACUGAAAAUUGCAAAUUUCGCAAGGCUCUAUUUUCCUCAUUUUACAACAUUUCGCAACGAAACUUUGGAAUAUUACUAAUUUUGUGAUGCUCUUUCAAGCUGUGAUGAAAUAUUUGUAUAGACUUGCCUAGAUCAAAAUUUUGGUUAUAAGGGGAAAGGUUUAUUGAAUUUCGUGCGCAAGCCAUUUUUAGUUUGUUGGAAAAGACACACCCCCUGGCUCACAAAAUUUGAGUUCGAGAAAUUUUGUUCAUUAUUCUACCUUAUAAGUACCCAAAGAAGCUAAAUACAUCAAAAACUAUAUAUACUAAUUAAAUGGCUCUUUUGCGGAAUUGAUACACCCUGUAUAACGCGAAAAACAAAUUUUGUCGAAAUAUUUAGUGUGAUGUUGGCCUGACUUUAGGCCUUUUGUUGUUGAAUAAUUCACAUGAGAUGUAUUUCAUUUCAUGUAACAGUCAUGUGUAAAUGAACUUCAUUCCGUUUUCCAGUCCAAUAGGCGAGAUAUUCCGUGCGAGAUUGCGUCAAUUUCCAUCGCUGGUCAACUGCUGUACAAUAGAUUGGUUCUCAGAAUGGCCCGACGAAGCUCUGCAGUCCGUAGCUUCGACAUUCCUUGGAGAAAUACAAGAGCUAGAAGACUCGCCUUACACACAAGGCCUGGUUAGUAUCACAGUCAAUUUUAGCUGAAAUAUAGGCUCGAUACACACCUACAACCCAAAAUAUAUAUGCCGAAUACUGUUUAGUAACAAUUUUAUUUUUAUUUUUUUGUAUAAACAUAUUUAUUUUCACUAGCGUUUGCCCAAGAGCAUGAAGCUCAUUUACGGGGCUCACGCUACACAUUUUCACACUGAUAAAAAAAAAGAAAAAUUUAUUACACACGGAAAGUUGAACUGAACUGGUUCCCUUGUCAGUCAGAUUAACACAUAUUCAACUAUUGAAGGAAACGUUUGUUGAACAAACAUAAAAAGAUUCAGAUUCUAACAUAACCAAAUUCGUAGAACCGUGAAGAAAAAUGUUGACUUUUUCUAAAUCCUAAUCCUUUAACAAAUAGUGAGUAACAGAUUCAUGAUCCUCAUUACAAGCACAUAUUGAAGACAGUUUACAUUUAACUUUAAACAAAUAAUAAUUUAAGCCACAACAACAACUUUAUGAUAUUUCUUUGAACAGGUUGACAUGUGUGGCGCCAUCCAUCAAAUGGUGGCUCGGAAAUCCAAACAAUAUCUUGCCGAAUUGUCCAGAUAUAACUACGUUACUCCAACGAGGUAGAGGCAACUGCUUUUGUACUAUGGCAAAUCUUUUGUACUCCCAAUCAAUUACAUGAAGUUUUUUUUUUGUCUUCCAGUUACCUUGAUUUGUUGGGAACAUUUAGAAAACUUGUUUCGUUAAAGAAAUCUGAGAUCGUGAAUGCAAGGAUUCGAACCAAAACUGGUCUGGACAAGGUAUCUUUAUAUGCCUUGCCUUCCAAGGAACUCCGAUGAUAAUUCUUAAUAAAUUUAGUAUAUUUAAAGGGAAAUGGCAAUAUAGUUUUUUUAUUUUCUCAUUUGAAAGAACUUUUUAGGCAAUAUAUAAUACUCUUUUACCGUUUUUUCAUAUCUUGCUUACUUCUACAAAUAUUUUGAUCGAAAGGAAUGAAAUGGCCGCCAUCUUCGAUUUUUCUAGAUAUGCAUGUCACGUCACAACAGGGGUCAACGCAAUAUUUUUAUCUAGACAACCACUAAUCAUUUUGCACUCAAAACCAUACUCUAUCUUCCCUUCAAAAUAUCAAGAUCACUCAAAACCUUUACUGUCGAUGCAAUAGAAGUGUUGAUACAAUAUUGCAGCAAUUCCUUUCCUCAAGUUGAUCAAUUCAUUUGAUAGAAAAUUGAUCAACUUCCUGUUACUUUUAGAUAAGCCAAUUAGAUUUCGUUUCAGAACCGAUUGACCAAUAGGAAACGCACAGGAAGUAAAAAGAAAUUUGAAUUCGUAUGAAUUGAUCAACUUGUGGAAAUGAAUUCAUGCAAUAUUUUAUCAACACUUCCAUUGCAUUGACAGUAAAACAUUUACCAAUCAAUAAUUGGUCAGCAACGAAUACUUUUAUAUGGUCAAUCCCUGUUGUGACGUCACCAAAACCACUGUUAAUGAGAUCAAAAAUUUAUUCAAGAUGGCGGACAUCUCAUUACUUCAAGUGAAAAUAUUUCAAGAACUAAGCAAGAUAUGAAAAAUCGGUAAAAGAAGUUAAUAUAUAGUUUCAAAAGUUCUUUCAAAUGAGAAAAUAAAUAAAUAAAGUAAAGAUUCAUGUUAUUUUUCUAGUUGCUGUCCACAGCCGAAGAGGUUGAAAAACUACAAGAGGAGCUCGAAUCAAUGCAGCCAUUACUGGCACAGGCAGCCGUAGAUACUGAGGAGACAAUGGAACAGAUUAAGAAAGACAGUGUAAGUCUUCUAUUCUUGUUUCUGGGUUUCUGUUAAUAUGUCGCCUAUUUGGGCACUACGCUGUUUUUAGAUCGGGUUUUGGGUUGUUUUUAGCACACUAAAGGUAGAACAGUUUAAAACUUUUUGAACUUUGCGUUCAGGAAAGUAGUUUAGAACUGAUAGAGCUAUCCAGUAGAAGUAAAAUUAGUUUAGUUUAGGUUUCCUCCUGUAGUAACACUGGAUCAAUAAGAAAUUAUCCUUACUGCACCUUUAGGAAGAACAAUUUAGCACUGAUAGAGCUAUUCACUAUAAAUAAAGUUAGUUUAGUUUAGGUUCCUCUUGUAGUAACACUGGAUCAAUAAGAGAUGACCAUUACUGGACCUCUAAGAAGAACAGUUUAGAACUGAUAGAGUUAUUCAGUAUAAAUAAAGUUAGUUUAGUUUAGGUUUCCUUCUGUAGUAACACUGGAUCAACAAGACAUUGCCCUUACUUGUAGGACUUUAAGGAGAGCAGUUUAGACAAGAUAGGAUUGAUAGCAUUUAUUAUUGAUAUAUACAACUACAAUACAUGAUUAGCAUUUAGCAUACAACUGCAGCGGCCUCCCAUCUUUCUUCGUGCAUUUCAGGAAGUUCUUCCCAGGUAAAACGAUCAAAUUUGAAGUUUUCAACCGACUUGUCAUUGUGGCCUCCCAUGACAAUCAGGGUGUCUCCGACAACUGUAGCCACACAUCCUCUCCUCUUGUGCUUCAUGUCCGGUAACACGAAACUCUUCUGGGUCUGGACGUUGUAUAUUAAAGCCGUGUUUAAUGGUCGAUCGUUGCCGUCAACACCACCCAUUAUAAUGACAUUGUCAUCACCCCACUUGACUGUGGCCAUCUCGCUUACGGGGUAGGGCAGGGCUGGUAACUCCUGACAUUCAUUCUGCGCAAUAUCAUACAACACAACAGUUUGAUGAUUUGUUGCAUUGUAUCUUUCUGCUCUCCCUCCGAGGAUCACGAUCUUGUCAUCAAGCAGUACUACACCAUGACGAUGUCUUGGCUGUGGCAUUGUAGCCAACGCUUUGGUGGUGUAAGGUGGAACCAGAGAAAUCUCUGUAAUACUGUUAGAAUAUGCUCUUUGUCCACCAUCAACACCUCCAAUAACAAUCAACCGUCCGUUAUAAACUACACUGCGGUGUCCGUAUAAUUGUACGGGUAACUCAGCCGCAAACUCUUCCCAUGUUAUGGACUGAUCCACAUGAAUGGCAUUUGUCGACAAUUUUUCCAUGGACUUGUUUCCACUGCUGUUGAAAAAGCCUCCUAUGAGGAUAAUUUGAUUGUUGUAAACGAUUGAAGACGCUGCCAGACGGCAUUCUCUCAUUGGUUGCAGCGGUGUCCAUGUUCUACUCGACACACUGAACAUUUCCACGGAAACUAAAUCUCCCCGUCGAUUCCGGCCUCCAGCAAUGACCAACAUGGGCUCUCUGUCCGGUUUAUUAUCUUCUGCAAUUGCUCUCUUCAUCACUUGUUGUUCAGCCUGAACAUUAUCCAAUGUUUGUGUCGUUCUUUGAAGUUGUUCUGCCAUUUCACACAAAUUGUAAUUCCCGAUAUUGCCUGCCUCGAGCCGACAAUUGCUUUCUUCCUGUUUUCUGAGUUGUUCUUGAACCUGUGGGAUUCUUGCACAAACGUUUCCUAGAUCCAUCUUAUUUCUGUCCAACUUUACAUUCAUCGCCGCCAAUUUAACUUUCACUGCAUCCAUCUCGCGUCUGAUGUCGCUACAGUUGUGGCACUUGACUCUGCGUUGUUCGCACACAGUUGUUUGAUGGUGAAGCAAGUCUUGUUUAUUCACCUCGAGUUGACAUCCUUCAUUAGAGCAGACUGCUGGGGCGAAACCGCAUUCCGCAACGUGCCCGUUCAGGUUUCCCAGCUCAAUAAACCUCCCGCAGCCACGAUCGAAAAAUUCACAUCGAAUCAUCAACUCGGCCAGUAAGUUUCUUAUGCCCCGCGAUGCUCGACAUAAGGUAUCGACAGUGAGCGGUUCCAUGCAUGUCGGGCAUGUCUGAAAGUUCAUGAGAUGUGUGGUGAUACAAGCCCUACAGAACAGAUGUUCAUUUUGUCCACACAUUACCGGAUCCUUUAAAACAUUAGUACAAAUACUACAAUGCAAUGUGUGGCCGACGGGAUGUUGAAAUAGUUCAUCUUCAUAACCAGUGUCGUAUAACGCCAUUUUCUGUUCUUAUCAAGAAUCAAUUUCUCCCAUGUAUUUCUUACUAGCCAGCAUACACUUUAAGAACAAACAUAACAAGAUGUUAGGUAUCGCGACAUAUAUUUUAAAGACGAAACACUUUUGUUAAAAAUUCCGAUGUUCAGGAAGAGGUAUAGCAUCCUAAUCAACAAAUAUAUACGGAUUUAAAGCAUUAAUACAAAACUAAAAGACUUGGAAUCCGAGGUGAAAUCUGUGGAUUGUUUAAUGGGAAAAUUCGGAAGUGAACGGGAAUUUGUUUACGAUUUAUGGUUCUUGAAUUCGUCCGCUUUCAAGAACAGGCAGAACAGCCAUAAAUAAGCUUUCACGUGUCAAAACUGAAAAGGCGAAAUCAUCUUACCUGGCUUCAAUUCCUUCUAGGAUCUAGUUGAUUUACAUCGCUACAUUUUUAACACUGUGCCUGAAUUCUUCGCAAAAAAAAAACAAAGUCCUUCUGACAAUGAUGAUGUGUCUGUGCAUGUAUAUUUUCAGUUCGAUUUGCAUACACCUUUUAAUUCCUCAGGAUUACGGUAAAUUAUUUUGAAAUUUGAAGCCCGGAAAUGCCAUUUCCUGCGUUCUGAGCACUGUAUGUGAAAUUUGUCCUCAUUGUACGACCUUGUACUCAUUUUUCAAGCAAAAAUAAGAAAGAUCUCAAGAAGUAAAGUAUCGCUCGCGUAUAUCGUAACAUACGAUACCAGUAUGAUACGCGUUAUCUUUAUAGUUUUAUAUUAGACAUCGAGGUAUUUAAUCCCUCAUUAAAUAAAGCUUUAUUAUUAUUAUUAUCAUAAGCAUGCUUAUCAUUAUCAAUCGAAUACGAACGGGUGUAUCAUACGAAUACGUGUACCAUAUGUACGAAUACGCAUUACAAACAAAUAUUAGGGCGCUAUAAAACAAUUCCGAUACGUGCAGGUUAAUAGCGAACACUACAGUAUAAACUCAUAUUAAAAUAUUCAUGUGCAUCUCUUAUUAUUCAUAAGGCUAAAGGCUUACCUGACUGGACAUGAUUCGUUUUACUAUCUGAUUUUAUUUCUACCUCGACUUAUUCAUAUUCUCUUUAGCUUUGCGACGGCUUUCAUUUCGAAAUGCGCACAACCGUACUGUGGCUUCCCUUAGCAUGUUGUUGAUGAGCCAAUAAGAUAUUCCAUCGUUCUGGAGCAGUAGCCAAUUUCAUGCCACCGUAGCAAACUACAGCAUUUGCCUGGGCAUUCUGAUUGGUUUGCUACGUUUGACCGUAGCAAACCAAUCAGAGCGAAAAUUGACCAUAUAUAUGGGCAACACGCUACGGUGUAUUUCUGAAGGAUGCUAUUUUCUAAGCUAUAGUCGAUUGCCUAAUGACCCGCAAACGCGCAAUUACAAGCGUAUUUUCGGGCGGGAAUUCAAAUUAACGUUACGUAUCAAUGUCAUCAAUUGGUCAAAAUAAAAUGUUUUAAACAUAACUAAAUCAAAAUAGAACCUUGAAAUGUAAACAAGGAAAGUAAAUAAAAUAUUGCUAAAUUAUAUUUUAAAUUGAUUUUAUGAACCAUGUUAUAACUAGCCUAUGACUAUGGAAAAUCUAACCGUAGCAUAUGCUACAGUUGCAACGGUUUAAAUCCGCCCCUGAAUCAUUAGUGAUCCAAAUAAAUUUGUAAAACGUAACUUUACUGGACCUCUAGAAAGAAUGAGCUGACAGAGCCAUAUAAGUAAAGUUAGUUUAGUUUAGGUCUCCUCUUGUAGUAACACUGGAUCAAUAAGAAAUGAUCGUUACUGGACUUCUAGGAAGAACAGUUUAGAACUGAUAGAGCUAUCCAGUAUAAAUAAAGUUAGUUUAGUUUAGGUUUUCUCCGGUAGUAACACUGGAUCAAUAAGAGAUGAUACUUACUGGACCUCUAGGAAGAACAGUUUAGAACUGAUAGAGCUAUCCAGUAUAAAUAAAGUUAGCCGUUUAGUUUAGGUUUCCUCCUGUAGUAACACUGGAUCAAUAAGAGAUGAUCCUUACUGGACCUCUAGGGAGGACACUGUUUAGAACUGAUAGAACUGUCCAGUAUAAACGAGGCUUAUAUUUUACUACUCAAAUGUGUUACAGGUGGUCGCAAAUGAAACGAAAGUUGUGGUCCAACGUGAAGAAAUCGAGGCGACAAAGAAAGCGACAGAGACUCAAGCGAUUGCUGAUGAUGCUCAGAGGGACCUUGACGAGGCCUUGCCUGCUUUAGUGAGUGUUUGACUAUCUUGUUUGUUUCGUUUAAGUGUUUAUCGGUUUGGUUAUAAAUUUGAAAAAUAAUUAUAUUAAAGCCAGAGAUGCAAGUUACUUGAUAUGCACGUUUUCUUGUCAAAUUUUUAUUUGGUCGUGUUGUACCAGGAGAAGUCGAGAAUUCGUCCUUCGGUGUAGUGGUGAUACAGUGAUUAACACUUUAGAUGAUCCUUACUGAACUUCUGGGAAGAACAGUUUAGAACUGAUAGAACUAUCCAGUAUAAAUAAAGUUAGUUUAGUUUAGGUUUCUUCAUGUAGUAACACUGGAUCAAUAAGAGAUGAUCCUUACUGAACUUCUGGGAAGAACAGUUUAGAACUGAUAGAGCUAUCCAGUAUAAAUAAAGUUAGUUUAGUUUAGGUUUCUUCAUGUAGUAACACUGGAUCAAUAAGAGGCGAUCCUUACUGGAUAUCUAGGAAGAACAUGAGUUCAGAACUGAUAGAGCUAUCCAGUUGUUUAGGUUUCCUCCUGUAGUAACACUGGAUCAAUAAGAGAUGAUCCUUACUGGACCUCCAAAACUGGAAAGAACAGUUUUGGCCUUAUGGAACUAUCCAGUAUAAAUAAAGUUGGCUUCAGUUUUACUGUAUUAGUUUCAUUUAGUUUGAUUCUUGAGAAGAUGCGAAUUUAAAUCGCGCUUGAAAUAACGAAUUUCUGUUCUCUGCGCAGUCAAAAUUACAGUAAUCUAAAUGUAUUUUCAAUAUCUAUUACCUAAAUUAUCGUCUCACCAUUCUAGGAAGCGGCUUUGACGAGUCUCAAGUCACUCAACAGAAAUGAUGUAGUUGAGGUAAUUGUACUGACCCACGAGAAGCAUAACCAUCUUGUCUCGUGUUCACAACAAAGUGAAUAAUAUACAAGAUAACCUAGCUAUAUUGUUCUUUUCUAAACCUCCCUUAGGUGCGAGCGCUCCAGAGACCGCCCCCAGGCGUGAAAUUGGUCAUUGAUGCUGUAUGUAUAAUCAAGGGAGUCAAACCGAAGAAAGUUGCUGGUGAAAAGGUUAAUUGUUUAUGUAUUUCGUCUGAAGUGCCUUCAUACUUUCUGCUAUGAUUGGAAGAUGUCGAUGGGCUAUAAAAUUAGAUUGCCUUGAAAUCAUUAAAUCUUUCGCUAGCUCGAAAUGUAUUACCAUGGAUUGUAAAAUAACUGGAUAGGAAACUUCCUGACGUCACAGUCUAAACCUAGUUGCAAUCUGUGACGUCACGCGUAUUGCCAAAGUUCUCAGCAUUUUUGUUGUUUCGCUCUAUUUUCCGCUUUAAAAGAGUAAUAUUGAAGCAUAAACUGGUCUAAUUGUUUUAAAAACAUGCCUAAGCCACGACAAAGUAUUCAAGGUAAAUGUUUUUCGUCUUUGUUUUGUAUUUUUUAACAUUUUUAGCUACGAAAUUUGCGAUGCAUUUUUCACUGUUUAGUGCUUGAAAUAUUUGCUAAAAUUGACCGGGAAUACUUAGAGAUUUCAUCGUAGAAUGGCGUAGUCAUACUUAUUUGCUCUUUGACUAAAUGUUUAGCUGUAUUAUCGCUAAACAUGCCGUUUUUGAGAAUUUGGUUUGCAACUAGGUUUCAACGCCAUCAUCCCAUUGAAAACAUUAGGUCACGUCAGCUAGUAUCUUAUCCAUGUAUUUUAUUAUCCAUGGUAUUACUAACAUUUUACGAAUUAUAUUUCUUCCAGGUUGGGACGAAGGUUGAUGAUUAUUGGGAACCUGGCAAAGCUUUGCUACAAGAUCCUGCGAAGUUUCUGGAAGGUCUCUUUAAAUUUGACAAG